AUGCCUUUGCAUGCAUUUUCAAGAACAGCUGUUGAUUUUUGUGGUCCAUUUAUAACAGUGCAAGGAAGAGCCAAUAAAGGAGUUAAAUGGCAUUUUAAUACUCCAAUCGGACCACAUUUUGGAGGAGUCCAUGAAACGAUGAUCAAGUCAGCAAAGAAAGUUAUAUACAAUAUUCUGGGUAAUGCCGAUAUUAAUGAUGAAGAACUGAUGACAGCAUUUACAGGUGCAGAAUCAUUGAUCAACUCAAGACCUUUAAAAUACCAGGUUUGCAAUCCUGACAAUGAUAUUCCGUUAACACCGAAUCCUUUCUUACAUGGUCGAGAAGGUGGCGAAUUUGCACCGGAAAACGUUGAUACUGAGGAUUUUAGCAUAAAAAAACGUUGGCGCAGAAUCCAAGAACUUACCGUCACUUUUGGAAGAGAUGGUUACGGGAGUGGCUUCCCACCUUAA